AGCGAUGCAACAACUGGCGCCCUUCAAAAGUUGCAGAGAAGGAUGUGCCUUUGCGCAUGCGCGCCAAGCCGACGUCUGCAUGUGUUGCGGAACCAGUGCAUUUGUUUCCCCCACUGUAAGAAAUGCCAAAGUAAAGCGGGUCGCCGCGGUUACGUCACGGCCCCCUCGGCGUUGCCCCCCCAGGCCCAUUUCUUCCGGGUGAACGAGACGCGUCGCGAACGGCAGCGAAAGCCUGGCAAACACUUGGCCCCGUCGCGCUCGCGCUGGGCGGCAACUUCUUUUGAAGCGCGCGUGCGCGUGCGCGACAGCUUGCCGGCGCCAGGCGAUUGGCUGCGCCGCCGGAGUUCACGCGGCGCCGAUUGGCCGACCGGCGCGAAGGGCCGACCAAUGUGUUGCGCCGCAGCGGCUCGCUAAUUAAUCGCCGCUAUCUGUCUCCCGUCGUUGUGUGCGCGGGCGCGCGCGCGCGCCUACGUCCCGUGCGCGUACGGACGACUGUAUGCGAGCGUGCGCGUUUGAGUGUGUGUUUGCCUUUUUUCUCCCCAAAGCGAACAUGAAAUAGUUUGUUGGGCUACACUUCCCCUCUCCUCCAGCCGUCCCCCCCCCCACACCUCUCCCUUGCCUCCUUCCUCCCUUUCCCGUCCUGUCGAUCGGCGCGGCGGCACACUUCCGACGCCGUUCGGUGAUGUUGGACAUGGGCGAGCGCAAAGAGCUCAAAAUGAUCCCCAAGUCGUCGUUCACCAUCCACAGCCUGGUGCCGGAGGCCGUGCAGAGCGACAACCACGGCCACGGCCAGCACCACCUGCACGGCAGCGGCAGCGGCGGGGGCAGCGGCGGCAACAACAACAUCAACAACAGCCACCAGCACCACCACCACCACCACCAUCACGUGCAGAACCACCACCAUCACCAUCUCCACCACCAGCAACACCAGAACGACGAGCUCAAGCCCUCCGCCGCCGCCGCCGUCGUCGUCGCCCAGCAGGACGCCAGCAAGGCGGAAGGCAAGAGCGAUCCGCCGGGGCCCGAAUGCUCAGGCGGCGGCCACGAAGCCCCCGAGGCGGCGGAGAAGCCCGAAGACAAGAAGGAGGGCAAAGACGCGGCGGCGGCUGGCGGCGGCGGCGGCGGCGGCGACGCUUGCGGCGGGAAGGACGGCGAGAAGAAGGGCGGCAAGUUCGAGAAGCCUCCGUUCUCGUACAACGCGCUCAUCAUGAUGGCCAUCCGCCAGAGCCCCGAGAAGCGCCUGACGCUCAACGGCAUCUACGAAUUCAUCAUGAAGAACUUCCCCUACUACCGCGAGAACAAGCAGGGCUGGCAGAACUCCAUCCGCCACAACCUGUCGCUGAACAAGUGCUUCGUCAAGGUGCCGCGCCACUACGACGACCCGGGCAAGGGCAACUACUGGAUGCUGGACCCCAGCAGCGACGACGUCUUCAUCGGCGGCACCACCGGCAAGCUGCGCCGGCGCUCCACCACCUCGCGGGCCAAGCUGGCCUUCAAGCGGGGGGCGCGCCUCACCUCCGGCCUCACCUUCAUGGAGCGGGCCGGCUCGCUCUACUGGCCCAUGUCGCCCUUCCUGUCGCUGCACCACCCGAGGGCGGCGGCGGGUGCCGCCGUGGGCUACAACGGGGCCUCGGCGGCGGCUGCCGCGGCGGCGGCGGCGGCUGCGGCGGCCGCCGCGGCCUACCCGGCCCACCACAUGUCGUACGGGGCCGUGCUGGGCCAGAACGUCCACGGCGGCGCCGGCGGCCACCCGUUCUCGCCGUCGUCCAACGGCCUGAGCAUGGAGCGGCUGGUCGGCGGGGAGCUGCCGUACGCGACGCACCAUCUGACGGCGGCGGCGCUGGCGGCCUCGGCGAUGCCCUGCGGCCUGUCGGUGCCCUGCUCCGGCACCACGUACUCCCUCAAUCCGUGCUCGGUCAACCUGCUGGCUGGCCAGACCAGCUACUUCUUCCCGCACGUCCCGGUGAGCAGCCCGGGCGGCGGCGGCGGCGCGGCCGGGGGUGGCGGUGGCGGCGGCGGCGGCGCCGGCGGCCAGGCCGUCCGGGCCCCGGCCUCUGGCUCCCCGCAGGCCGGCUCGUGUGACUCCCUGAGGGCGCCCAUGGGCGCCUCUCUGCCGGCCUUCCCAUCCGGACUGUCCGCCGGCCUCUCUGACUAUUUCACGCACCAGAACCAGGCCUCCGCAUCCAACCCGCUCAUCCACUAACGGAACCGGCGACGGAACCGACGCUGCGCCACAGUUAAGCGGAACGGUUGACAAAAAGAAUUUAACGUUUAGAACAAGGAAGAAGAAGGAGAAGAAAAAAAGGACAACCGGGAAGUUUCCAGGUAUUUUUUUAAUAUUAUUAUUAUUAUUAUUAUUAUUGUUGAUAUUAUUGUUGGUGUUCUGGACUUGUGUGUAUUUAGCGCGCGUGCGCGCGCGCGUCACGGCGACUAGAAUGUUAGCUCAAAUGCUUUCUUUUUUUUCGUUUGUCCAAAUUUACACUUGAACAUGUUUCAGUAUUAAACGUGACGCAGAGUUUUUUUUGGUCCUUUUUUAGUCUGACUGAAGAAAUGUGAAACAAGUUGACAGGACUCGCCCGAAGCCGCUUGUCCUUCUUUUUCGUCCUUUUGUUCGUUGCCAACAUGUUUGCUCGUCUUCUGCCCCCCCCCCAAAAUAUUCAGCCGCGUGUCUUUGAAUGUCCUCUUCUUUUCUUUCCAUUUUUUUUCUUAUGUCGCUUUGACCUCAACGCAAAAAAAAAAAGAACGUCGAGGGUAAAAUUUAUUGCCGUCUACUUGACGAAAUAAAAGCUAGCCGACCUUGCAACCAUUUUCCGUUCUUUUUUCCCCCUUUCUCUUUUCGUUUUGGUGCGGACGUGCACGAGCACGUUUUGAGCUUUUAGCGAGAAAUAAUGCGCGUCGGCGUAUGUAGGUUAGCAGCACAUCAAAGUGUGUCACGCGGCUUCCGGUUUAGUUUUGUGGGACAACUUGCACGCGCAGUAGCAGCGUGCGCGCGUGCGCAUGGCAGCAUAUUUCAAAACAUAAAUCAAAUCAAAAUGAACAAGAACGAAGAGAAUGUUCUUGUUUGCCUUUUGUGUAUGGCAGAAAUGAUUUCUUUAUGUAAAAAAAAAUCGAAGUGUGCUCUUAUUUUUAUUUUGUUCAUAAAAUUGUUAUUGCUGUCAACAUAGUUUGUUCUGAUCUUGGAAAUAAAAUCCACUAGAUUUA